AUGAGACUCUCCGCAACUUUGGCGAUAGCCCCUUUGGGUGCCCGCCUGGCUCAGGCCGCCUUGGACCUUGAUGCCAUCACGGAAAAGUACUUUAGCAACGACGCGCCCUGGUACAAGAACCGCGUCCCCCUUUUCGAGUCCAGCGACACCCAGAUCACCGACGUAUACUACUACCGCUGGAACCUCUUCCGCACACACCAGCGUGAUAUCGGCUCGAAGUACGGCUUCAUUUCCACCGAGUUCAUUGACAACGUAGGCUGGCAGACCCAGCCGUGGGCCUCCAACAACUGCGCCGCCAUCUUCCAUCUCUCCGAGGGUCGGUGGUGCCGGGACCCGCGCUUCAAGCGAGACUAUGCGGCGUUCAUGUACAGUUCAGACAGCAACCCUCGGCAGUUCUCCGAGAGCAUGGCCGACGGAGUCUGGAGGAACUACCUCGUCGAUGGUGACCCCGAGCUGGCUUUUUCUCUCUUGGACGACAUGCAGAGAGUAUACAACUUGUGGGUCGGAGACCACUUCGACGAGUCCAAGGGCCUCUUCUGGGUUGAGCCCAUUGCCGAUGCCACAGAGUACACUAUCUCCAGCAUCGAUGCUUCUGGCGGCUACGAUGGCUUCUUCGGAGGCAACGCUUUCCGCCCCACAAUCAACACCUAUCAAUACGCCAAUGCCCGUGCCAUCGCCAAGAUCGCUUCCCUAAAGGGCGGCCUUGACAGUGUUGUCGAGGAGUACAACAGCCGCGCCGAGGCGCUCAAGGAGACGUUGCAGAGAGAUUUGUGGAACUCCACCUUCGAGCACUUCGUCGACCGCUACUUUGUCGACAACGAGAACGUCACCUACUGGGACUUCAUCAGAGGGCGUGAGCUUGCCGGUCUCGUCCCCUGGGCCCACGACCUCCCUGAUGACGAUGCCAAGUUCGGCGAAGCUUGGAAACACGCCCUCAAUUCCGACGAGCUUGGCGGCCCUUUUGGCCUCCGCACCGUCGAGCCCUCGUACGAGCACUACAUGCGCGUCUGGCGGUACGAAGGCACCCAGACCGAAUGCCACUGGAACGGCCCCUCUUGGCCUUACCAGACGACGCAGGUGUUGACCUCGCUCGCCAACGUGCUUGACCACUACCCGAACUCCUCCUCUCUCGUUACCGUCGGCGACUACACCAGGCUUCUCCGGCAAUACGCCCAGCAACACUACAACAAGCACUAUGGCAACAUUCUCGACAUCGAGGAGAACUACGACCCGGACACAGGCGAGCCAAUUGUCGGCCUCGGCCGCUCGCACCACUACUUCCACUCCGGCUACGUCGAUCUCAUCUUGUCCGGCUUCGUCGGCGUGCGUCCGCGUGAGGAUGACGUUCUCGAAGUCAACCCCCUGGCCGAUCCCGCCGCAAUCUCUUACUUCCGUGCCGAGCGCAUCUUGUACCACGGCCGCGAGGUCGCCGUGCAGUGGGACGCCACUGGCGAGCAUUAUGGGGUGGCUGGUCUGCGUAUCGAGGUCGACGGUAAGGUCGUUGCCUCUUCGGACAAGCUGGAACGACUCACUGCCGAAGUCACCCGCGCACCCGUCUCGGUCGUCCGUCCCUUGGCCCAGUCCAUCCAGCUCCAGGCCACCGAGCCCCUGCCCAUCAUAAAUGCCUCCGUCCCCAACUACAACGUCGACCGUCUCCACGACGUAUUCGACGGACGAGUCUGGUUCUGGACCCAGGACACCAUCGCCAACGGCUUUGAUACCCCGGAGAACAGCAACGCCGAGGAGUGGGUCAGCAUCGAGUUCGGUUCGGCCGUCGAUGCUGCGCGUGCUGAGGUCGCCUUCUUCGCGAACGAGGAGAGAGGGUUUGAUGUGCCCGCCAGCUAUAAGCUGCAGGUUCUGAGCGGGGAAUGGACCGAUGUACCGGAUGCAACCUAUGACAAGCCCCUGGCGAACGGCAUCACCAAUUUCAAGUGGACUGCUGUCUCCACGGAAUCCCUCCGCAUCUUAGUCACACCACAAGAAGGGAAACGCGUCCGUCUGGUGGAGUUGAAGGUCUUCACGGAAUAG